AUGAUUGCAGACUGUAAAUUAGCCACAGUCGAGCCUCUAAAGGCUCCAAGGAGCAGAGAUGCGCCAACUCACAUGGAUACCUCCUCUUCCUAUGACCAUAAAUCUCUGGAUACCGAAAUUAGACAACUUAAAGAGCUCUUCUUUAACUUGAGACCGAGCUCUAAAGCCAACUGGACAAACAUUUGCAUAGAUAAACGCCAUGACUUCAAGUUCUGGGCACACAUAACACAUGAGCUCGGAUUUAACAUUCUGAAGUGUGUUUUUAGUAUCGGAAUGCCGUAUGAAGAUCAACUGGCAGUUACACAGUACCUCGUAAAAUCGGAUUUUGGAGACACUUUGUGCACCAGUACGUGCUACAUAAGUACUUUGAGGAAUGAGAUUGCCUUUCAUCUGCUAAGUGGGAUGAUAGAAAAUCGGUUGCCUGGGUCUAUCAGGUUAAUAUUAAGAGGGAAUGGCUACCAAUUUUUUGAAGCAAGAAUAAACCAGCUUUUGUUUACAGAUGGAAACUUUGAUGUAGACGCUAUAUGCCAUAAUAUUAAUGCGAUAAACACUCUCUUUCCAUUUCUACUAGAAUAUAAAUCAGUAAAUUUACAAAACAUGUGCCAUCGUUUAUUGACCUCAAAGCUUUGGAAGUUCAUAUGGAAAUACGUGAUAACGCAGUUUGAUGAUGAAAACAAAGGAUAUGAUAAAUUGUUUACUACAUUUCUCGACAUGACAUCAACUUUUCUAUAUGGAGCUCGUGGGUCAGGGUUCCUUAAAAAGCUACAUACAACCGCUUCUGCCUACUUUUGGGGCUAUAUGCUGGAACUUUUAACGUGGAAUACAAACCAUAAAGCGUUGUGUAAGCUCAUUGUCUUUACUGCAGAUGUACUAUUACUCAGCUUUGCUGAUCGCUGUCUAAAUGUUAUACCAGAAGAAAUUAUAGACGGACUAAAUGCAAAAAUGAACAAUGCCAUUAAAAAGGCAGACAGUGAGAUUAUUACCACGGAAAAAAUUAUCGAAAAGAAUCACAUAAAGUCCUAUUAUUCGGAGAUGGCAUAUGAUUUCCUCAAAAAGAUGCUACUCGCGUUAUCUUGUGAGAAUAAGGAACCAAACAACAAACAGAUACGGAAGAAUAUACCGCUAUUAUACGAAAUAUCAUCGCUUUCGAUGUCAACUCUCACUAUUCCAUUAAUUUCUGAUAAUUUGUUUGAGGUUGAGCCCAGAAAACCCAAAUUCGGAUUAUCGGAAAACAAGAUAUUUCCACGCAUACUACCAUGUUUUAACGAUGGAUGUGAUCGCAACUUUCAUAUAGAUACACCUCAGGUGCAUUUGGAUCAAGAGUUGGAGUUUUUCUACUGCCCAAGUUGUGGGAUACCAAGCUACUGUAGCGAAGAAUGUUAUAGACAACACUGGAAAUUUUCACAUCGUGAGAUAUGCCCGUACUUUCAAUCAUUUCCUACAUUUGCCAAGUACCUGCCACAAGAGAACAAGACAAUAGUAUCCACACUUGAGAAUUUCUCACUUAGUUCCGCAGGAUCCGAUGGGGACUGGACUUUAAUAUUCUAG